GGGAAACGGAGGGGCGAGGGAACGAGGCGGUCGGCCAUUUUGUGUCUUUCCUGUGGGACGCGGCGGCGCUUGUGUUGGACGGUGCGGUAGCCGUUGCGUGCUUGUAUCCCUUUUCCUGCCUCUCCUUCCCUCUCUUGCUCUUUCUCCCCCGAGCGCACCAGCCAUGGGGCGGAAGAAGAAGAAGCAGCUGAAGCCUUGGUGCUGGUAUUGUAACAGAGAUUUUGAUGAUGAGAAAAUCCUAAUACAGCAUCAGAAAGCAAAGCACUUUAAAUGUCACAUAUGUCAUAAAAAAUUAUAUACAGGGCCUGGUUUAGCUAUUCAUUGUAUGCAAGUGCAUAAAGAAACAAUAGAUGCUGUACCAAAUGCCAUACCUGGGAGAACAGACAUUGAAUUGGAAAUCUAUGGUAUGGAAGGUAUUCCAGAAAAAGAUAUGGAUGAGCGGAGAAGACUUCUCGAACAAAAAACUCAAGCAGAGAGUCAAAAGAAGAAGCAACAAGAUGAUUCUGAUGAAUAUGAUGAUGAUGAAUCUACAGCCUCAACUUCAUUUCAGCCCCAACCUGUUCAACCCCAACAAGGUUACAUCCCCCCAAUGGCACAGCCAGGCUUGCCACCUGUGCCAGGAGCACCAGGAAUGCCUCCAGGUAUACCUCCAUUAAUGCCAGGUGUUCCGCCUCUGAUGCCAGGAAUGCCUCCAGUUAUGCCAGGGAUGCCACCUGGAUUGCAUCAUCAGAGAAAAUACACCCAGUCAUUUUGCGGUGAAAACAUAAUGAUGCCAAUGGGUGGAAUGAUGCCACCUGGACCAGGAAUACCACCUCUGAUGCCUGGUAUGCCGCCAGGUAUGCCUCCACCUGUUCCUCGUCCUGGGAUGCCUCCUAUGACUCAAGCACAGGCUGUAACAGCACCUGGUAUUCUUAAUAGACCACCUGCACCAGCAGCAGCUGUUCCUACUCCCCAGCCUCCAGUUACUAAGCCACUUUUUCCUAGUGCAGGACAGGCUCAGGCAGCUGUUCAAGGACCUGUUGGUACAGAUUUCAAGCCUUUAAAUAGUACCCCUGCGACAACUACCGAACCUCCCAAGCCUACAUUCCCUGCUUAUACUCAGUCUACUGCUUCAACCACUAGUACAACGAAUAGCACUGCAGCCAAACCAGCUGCUUCUAUAACAAGUAAGCCAGCUACUCUUACGACAACCAGUGCAACCAGUAAGUUGAUCCAUCCCGAUGAGGAUAUAUCACUGGAAGAGAGAAGGGCGCAGUUACCUAAAUAUCAGCGUAAUCUUCCACGACCAGGACAAGCCCCUAUGGGUAAUCCACCUGUUGGACCAAUUGGAGGUAUGAUGCCACCACAGCCAGGAAUUCCUCCACAGCAGCAAGGAAUGAGACCUCCAUUGCCUCCUCAUGGUCAAUAUGGUGGUCAUCAUCAAGCCAUGCCAGGUUACCUUCCUGGGGCUAUGCCUCCAUAUGGGCAGGGACCUCCAAUGGUACCCCCUUAUCAAGGUGGGCCUCCUCGACCUCCGAUGGGAAUGAGACCUCCUGUAAUGUCGCAAGGUGGCCGUUACUGAUGUUACUUCGCCCAAUCUAAUAGGUUUGGAGAUUAAACCUUUUCUCAUCUUGUGCUGUUUAUAUAGCCAAGCUUUCGUCAAUUAAGGCUUCAUUGUGACUUUAACAAACAUUAUCUUCUCACAUACCAGGAACUAUUGGACAUUUUGUUUUACACAGGAAAAUUUUAUUUGGAAUAAUAAAGCAGGAACUUUUCCUGAUGUUGCAAUUUAUACUGUAUGGCUUCUUUUUCAUGUUUCAUCUAGGUUUUUAGAAGUGAAGUAUAGUAAAUAUGGUUCGUUAAAUUGUGAAGGCGCUGGAAUUACAUGAACAUACCACCUUAAAGGCAAGUUCUGUAACCUUAUGUUGCUAUUUGUAAAGUUAUGCCUUCGCAGCAUUUCAUAUGCUGUUGGACUUUAUGUCCCCAACAUAGCUUGGUGAGGGCUGUAACUGUUUCCAAGUACCUGUACAUUGGAAGUCUGAACGUGUAACAAUAUUUAAUGUACUUAGAAUUCCUCAUGUUGCAGGGUUUAAAAAAAAAAAAAAAACAACUGACCCACUAAAGGUCGUGUGAC